CACUCUGCCCUCCCAGAUCUCGCCACGCAGGAAUUUUUUCGCGGCGAGCAAAAGCUGCGAGCUGUUGCGGAUUUCUUGGAGCUGCAGCAUCGUAGAACAUCAAGUUCGGAAAUAAGCGGAACAAGUGCAAUAGCACAACCACCUGCAAAAACAACCGAAAACCUCCUUGCGGAAGAUGCCGCGUUUCUGCAAUCUUUUUUCGCAUCCGGCGACGUAUUGUGCUUCGUUCAGGCGUCUGGCUUAUUUAGCCGGGGGAAGAAAAUUGCGAAAGUUUCCGAGAUCCAAAGAGCGUUGCAGAACCGCUACCCAAACUCUGUAGACGACCUCAACAACGCUGUGCCGUUCAACGCAGCAGCAGGGGUGCUCGACCUGUUGCAACUGUUUUGUGCGCGUAGUGGUGCGGAAGCAUUUGGUAUUCUUCUGUGUUGAAAUUCAAAUCUUCCAUGAUCUUGAUCAUCUUCUUUUGCAAUAAGAAAGCAAAAGGGCCUCAUACUGCUGGGUCACGUGUAAAAUAUGUCUAUGCGAUCGAUGAUCCUUGGAAAUACCCACCGAUCCGAAACUCCAUCUUUCCUUUCGCACGUGAUGAGAAAACAUGCGGCAAUUUUUAAGCCUGGACUGAAGUGCUCGCGCUCAGUGUGGUUUAAACAUGUAGGGUAAAAGCUGAUGGUGCGGAAAUAGAAACAGAAAGUAGGAGUACAGUGAUCAGCACUCGACGUGAAAUGAAAAAUCUGAUUCGUUGCCCACUUCAAAUUCAAAAUUUUUAGUGAUCAAGCUUGAUAGUAGAAUUUGUUCUUACCGAGUGUAAAAUCUGAUCAAUUUCUUGCGGUCCUCUCAGGCGACGAUUCGGAGAUUGACAUCGCUACCUUCGCCCUGAUCUUCGACACCGCGCGCCAAACCUUGUGGGCGUCUGUGGUUAGGAGAGAUGAACAGUCUGAUCUGGUGUCCUCCCCCGAUAGAAGAAUUGUGGAGAGCGAGGAAGAUCAAGAUUCUCUCACCGCGGAUUUGCAGCGCUACCAACAGAUUUUACGAUCUGGCGUUCAAGUGUUUUCUCCACCACCGACAUGUGUUUGCUUGUCGCAUCGGGCGGGAAAAAUAACCGGACCGCCUGUGGUCGGUAUGGGGAACAACCAGAAUAUCACCGCUCUGAAUGGCGACCACGCUACUAGCAGUCAUGGCACCAACAGAAAGAGCUCGGGCCGCGCACUCUGGUAUCUGCUCCGUCGUUUUGGAAGUCUAGUAGGAAGGGUGGCGCCGCGGCAUGAAAACUCCACUGUAAAUGAACAAGUACACGUACAAGGUCAAGGCGGACAAGGGCGAGGACCACCUUCUCAGACUGCAGAGCUAGAUCGUACUGAUCCCGAAGCAAAGUUCAGCUCCAUUUUCGUUUUAGACCGCAACGCGUGGGGAUGCGGCCAGGAAGAACUGCAGCGGUGCUUCCGGGAUGCUGUUGUUGUGACUGCGGCGAACAACGUCGGCUCCGCCGCGUGCAGCAGCACAUCAAAGCAAGCUGCCCACUUCCUACAAAUCCGGCCACCGGACCCGCCGCUUGCCUACGAUUUGGUGGAAGAGAU